AUGCCGGAGUUCGCCGCCGCCGAAACGAGCUCCAGCGGUGAAGCUUGUCGACGGCGAUGCGCAAGGCGACGACCAAGGGCGCCGGCCGCUCCGCCCGCGCAGCUGCAGCUUUCGCCGCGCCGCCCGCCGCUGCUGCAGCUGGCGUUCCGCCACGCACAGCAGCAUGCUCCGCCCGUGCGCCCGCUCGCGUGGUACUGCUCCGCCCGAGCCCCGCGCCGCAUGCUAACUGCUCCGCCCGAGCCCCAUCGCCGCGAGUGCCGCCCGCCGCUGUUCACCUGCCCCGUGCCUAGCCCAUCUCCCGCCGAGCCCACGCAUCACCCAACGCCGCUCCGCUCACUUCCUGGCCACUCGCCUCCGCAACCUCCCGCUGAGCCCACGCAUCGCUGCUCGAGCCGCACCAAACCAGGCCGCAGCGCCGCUCGCAGCAAGCCUGCACGCGCGGCACCCACCAGCUCCCGCCUCCUUCUGCUCCACGCGCAUACGCAGGCCAAGCCAGGCCAGGACACCAACCACCGCCCCGGCCAGACCAGGCUCCCGUUCAACCCACCGCCACCAAGCUCGCGGCCUGCGCCCGCCCGCUCCUGCUCGCCUCCACACGCAGCGCCAAACUCCCCUGGCUAUGCUCGACUGUGGGGCGGAUCUGCGGCAAGGGAGUUCGGAAGCUACUCCUGGGAGUUCAUCCACGACAGUCACGGCUACGCUGUCGUUGCAUAUGGCUGA